GCAAAGAACACGUCAUUGUUGUUGUCUGCUGCGUGCACCGGCCGCAUCGAUCCACGCAGGGGUGCCAGCGAGCGAGUUGUGCCAAUUUGGCAUCAGGAAGUAUGAUGCUUCCGUGGAACGAGUGGAUAUGGGCCCACGAAUAUUGGCUGCCACCGGGGAUCACCUGGGAGGACAUGAAGGAAACCGAGGAGAUCCGCUACCCACAGCCCCGGCACCUGCUGCUCAGCAUCCCCUUGGCUCUUCUGCUCAUCGCGGUCCGGUUCGUCUUCGAAAGGAACGUCGCCAUACCCCUGAGCAGGAAGAUGGGGCUGAGGGAAAAAGUGCGGAGGAAAGCUGCUCCGAAUCCCAUCCUGGAAGCUUUUUACACCAUGCACAGGAGAGCCCCCAAAGCGGAGGAGCUCAACGCCCUUGCCAAGCGGUGCGACUUACAGCCUAGGCAAGUGGAGAGAUGGUUCCGGUAUCAGUGGAACAAGGAUCGACCCAGCUUGACCAAGAAGUUCUGUGAAGCCAGCUGGCGAUUUACUUUUUACUUCACUUCCUUCAGCAUGGGCCUGGCCGUCCUCUACGACAAACCCUGGUUCUGGGACCACCGGGAGUGUUGGGUCGGCUACCCACAGCAGCCGCUCCUGCCCUCCAUCUUUGCCUACUACAUGCUGGAGCUGUCCUUCUACUGGUCUUUGGUCUUCACCUUGCCUUUUGACAUCAAGCGGAAGGACUUCCACGAACAGAUUCUCCAUCACGCCAUCACCAUCUUCCUGAUCAGCUUCUCGUACUGCGCCAACUACAUCCGGAUCGGCACCCUGGUCUUGAUCAUACAUGAUGCUUCAGACUGCUUCCUGGAGCCCACGAAGAUUUUCAACUACCUGAAGUGGCGGCAAACUUGUAACUGUCUGUUUUUGGCUUUCUCGGCCGUUUUCCUGUUCACUCGCCUGGUGAUUUUCCCCUACAAGGUUCUCUACAACACAUAUUACUACUCCAUGGAGCUCUUCCAGCCCUUCUUCGGCUACUAUUUCAUGAAUGCUCUUCUGAUGAUCCUACAACUCCUUCACAUCUUCUGGUCAUGCCUGAUUGUCCACAUGAUUUAUAGAUUCACGCAAUUCGGCGGGAUGGAAAAGGAUCUGAGAAGCGACUCGGAUGAAACCGACAAUGACACGAGGAAGGAGAAGGAAGCCAAGAAAAAUGGGAGCAUCCAUUACGAGCCCAGCAGCAACGGCAACUGCCUCAGCAAGGACACCUCCCUGCAGUUGAACGGUCGGAGUCCACCGACCAACGGUCACACCAAAACGAGAUAACCCCGGCCGGCUCUCCCAACUGCCUCCCACCCCCUAACUACUCCCGUCCUGUGCCCGUUCCGCCUCGCCCUUGCUUCUCGUAGUCCUGGAAGGGCAUAACUCUACCCCGCUAGCCGAAUCUCAUCUCCCUGAAGUGGGGAUGAAAGAGAAAACAAAACAAAACCCUCAAGGAUUAUGCUGCUUUCCGUCAUAUUAUCGUCAUCACUUCUCUUAUAAUCUCAAAGUUUGACAGAAUGGAAGGGGAGGAAUGGGGAUCACGUGGAAUAAAGGCAGCUGUGUCUUUCUUCGUCAGCCUACUGCAACCGAGGCUAUGAUGAGCCGUUCCGGACGCACGCUGGUUUGGCCCAUGCCGCAGGACCGGAAGUGGGCAAAUAGAUGCGAGUGAUCCCAGCUCUCCACUCUGGGAGUGGCCGGGGGAGGGAAGAGGGGAAAGGCCAGGUAGAAGAGACCAUGAUGCUUUCAGAAAGGGCGGAGUCUAAAGGUGGCACACGAGGAGGGGUAUUAAGGCGGUGCAAAUGUCGGAUAGCCAGUAGCAGGGAAUUUGCUGGGAAGGCCCAGGAGUGGCUGGACGCUGUUAGAAGGUUUGUGCGGGGAACUUGUAGCUUGGAUCACGGUAGAGAUGCAAAAAGGACCUUUGCAUCUCUUUGGGACACUGAAGGUGGAGGAGAAAGGAUGGAGGAGAAAGGAGACAGGAGGAAUCAGUGGGGGCGCCCGAUUUUGGGUGUCCCUGAACAUAGGAUACCACGAUCGAUGGUUGAGUGGACCAUUGGCCAGGAGAAAGGUUGCCAUGCUACAGGGGGAGAUCUGAACCUGAUCUUACAACUUCGAGACAAGCUGUCUGCUCCCGGGUGUGAAUCGAGGUGGGCCCCAUUCCGGUUGUAUUUUCAGUUUCUUUCCUGAGGUUGCCAUCAGGUGACAUCAAGAGCAAUCUCACCCAACUGCUGGAACCAAUCAUAAUAAACUAAUUCUGGAAAAACGAAA